AUGGGAGAGUUGAAAGAAGAGAAUAUGGAAGUAGCAGCAGCUAGAAUGAGCUUCAAGAAGAGCUUUAGUCGCAGUAAAAGUACCAGGUGCAUAGACGCUGCCCAAAUCAACCCUACAAAUAUAAGCUUUGGGAAAAUCUACCCGUGCCCUGAAGCAGACAAAGCACUUUUUAGAAGUUUAAGUGUGGUGGAUAUUAAUAGGGAGAGGAAGAUCGCUCAUUCUGCAUCUUUGCCUUCUCACUUGUCUACCCCUCGUCAUGAUUUUGACUACCGUUCUUCAAGACGGAUAUUUAUCGGAAGCUACCCUUUCAAUAAGAAAAUUGAAAAAACGUCGUCGUUUUCGAAGAUAAAAGAGUGGUUACCGUUGUUGUUUUCAAGAGAAAAAAGAAAAAAAAGAGUGGUUUAA